CAACAAAAUAACCAAACUGUUUGUUGUUGUUGCUGCUGCUACUACUGCUGCUGCCACUGCUGUAGUGUUUGUUGCUACUUCUGUUGUUUAUUGCUGUUUUUGUUGCUGUGGUUAUAUUUCUUUACCUGAGUGCAACUUAUCCUCCUCCACAACAUCAUCAUCAUUACAUUUCAAUUGACUAUACAAGCAUGUACAGUGUCCAAGGUUGUCGUUGGUUAGUUCCAGAUCGGUUCUGAUCGGCUUUAGCCAUUCAUGUGAGUCCAAAUUUUGACUGUGGACAAGAUCCCAGCCACACUUCCGCAAACAGCAGAAAAUCGACAAUCAACCAUUCCAACUAAGAGCAACUUCAUGCACCAAAAUAUCCGUGUGAAACUUCCUUUUGGAGUUCUUUUCAUGUUUUGCUGCCUGAAAUAUGAGUGAUUCUUCGAGUGCUUCUCAGUCAUCUGAGGAAAACGAGGUGUUACGUGCAUCUCCGUCUGAAAAGGUUGACAACUAUAGUGAAUGCUUCGAGUCAGAUGCUGAAAGUGAGGUAACUGUACAAACAAAACAGUCAUCAGCGAGGAAAACAAUAGUAAAAAAAUCUCAUAACCACCAGAAGAUGAAACGACCUUCCAAGUUUUCUUUGAGGAUCACCCCUUCUAGUGACGUUGAACAAAAGAUUUUAUCAGUACGCAAGCUACACAACAACGAACUGAGAAAUAUGAAUGGAGAUCUCUUGCUGCAAAUUGAGAAGCAGAAGGAAGAAAUCCGACUAUUGAAACGAAUGGAAUUGCGGCAAGCGAAAAUCAUCGAAAAAUUUGAUAACAGCAAAAACAAACUUCCAAGUCUGAUUGAUUCUCACAACAAAGAAUUGAAAAUGCUUCGGGAACAGAUACGUAGUCUGAAAUUUCGUUAUCGAAAAUCAGAAGAAUCUCUGCGGGAGGCUGAUGCUGAAUUGGAACGGACAAAAAAUAAGCUGAACAAGUACAAGAUACUUCUUGAGGAGGAACAACUGAUAGACAGAGCUGAGCUCACUCGGAAGUUGAUACUUGCCGAACAAAGGACGGAAGAAACAGAGAAGAAGAUUCAGAACUUACAGAGCCAUACCGAACAUCUCGUAAAUAAUCACAAACACGAGAUCAAUAUCGAGAAGGGCCAAAACAAGAAGUUGAAAGUCUCUUUACAGAAUUUGGAAGAGAGAUUCAGUCGGUUGGAACUGCAGCUUUUGGAAAAGGAGAAAGAAUUAGAAGUUUGGAAUAUUUACAGCAACCGACAAAAAGCUGUUGCCAACAAGUUAAAUGGUUCCUUCAACACACCACGAUCAACUCCUUCCAUUAAGAACAAAUUUAAUGAGAAAAUACCUCCUAUGACUCCUCCUUUUCAUCGUAUUAAGAAGUAUGAAGAAUUAAGAAGACAGAAGGAAUUGAAAAGGGCACAAGAGAAGCUGGCAAUGAAGAAUCCUUCCACCGCUCAGAACGCAGGAGAUAUAAAAAGCGUACAAGAUAUUAACCAUCCAAGUAAAGCAUUCAAUACAAAAGUACUGAUGUCUGAAAAGCAUGGCCACACAGAGAAAAUCCCAGAAAAAACAAAAGAAGAGAGCAAGGAGCGGGAGAAGAAGGAAAUGAAGUUCACAUCUGACAGCUAUGAGCAAGAGCCAGAAAUAGCUGAUUGGAUAAAUACAGACAACAAACAGAUGGAAAAGCGAAAGGAAGCAGAGAAGAUAAGUGUAAAUGAUGAUUUGGGUUACAAGUUAAAAAAGAUUGAAGAAACAAAACCAAAGGAAGCAAUACCAAAGAAGGCACCCGAAGAACCGAAACAGGUCCCCAGUGAUAGGGAAAAGUCAGAAUUAAAACAGAAACAAGAUGAGGAACGUAGAAAGAAGGAUUUACUGCUGGCAAAGUUAAAAGAAAUUGAUGAUAAUCCUGAAGUACCUUUGAAGUCUGAUAGCAUGUUCUCCAAUGAAGAUGUGUCAACUAAAGCUGAUAAUAAAACACAUUAUUCAUUCUCACAGAAGACUGAGAACCUUCACCAGGGUCGUCCAGUGAAUGAACAUAACUCUAAAAGAAAUUCUCCAUUAACAUUAAAUGGAUUCUCAGAAAAAGUCACAGAACCCUUAGAUAUUAAAAAUGAUUUAUUGCUUUUAAAGGACAACUCCAUUGAAGAUUUUUUUACAAAUGAUAUGUCGUUGGCUUCUCACAAACCUGUGAAUGAGUUUAAAGGAAGAAAUGGAGACGCCAGUGAUGCUAAAUGGCACGAAAAGUCAGUUGGAAAGAACAAGAACAGUAUUUUCAAAGAGCUAUUUGAAGACACUCCGCAAGACAAUCUGCCAAGCAAUGGAGACUUUUUAGGUUUUAAGUAUAGUGAUGGGGAUUCAAACCUCAUUGGCUCUUCAGAACCAAAUGUUUGGGAUGUCGGCGAUAUGUUGAGAAACGACAGCAGAAACAAUGAGAAACAUUCCACAAAGCUGUUGCCAUCUCGUCCGCAAAUGAAUAGGUUUGAGAAGAGGUCAACAUUGGACUCUUUAGACAAUUCCAUGGACAGUGUUGAAGAAAUCAUUCUUUGAUGGUGCUUUAGUGGAAAUAUCAUAUGCUAUGGUAUCAUGGUUUAUUUAUUUUGUUAUGUUAUAUUGCAGGAUAUCAGAUGAAUUUAUUUAUUUUUUUGUUAAAACAGGGUAAAAAAUAAAACCCAAAAAACCCAUGACUAUAAAGAUAUACAAUGAUUUCUUUUUAAGAAAAAAAAAAUCUCAAAUUACUGAGCUUACAAAAAUUGAUUAAAUAAAAAAGUAAAUAAUUAUA